CUGCCGACCUUUAUUUAGAAAACAAGGACUUUGAAGUCAAAUCCAACACUGUUGACAUGCAGAGCCUUAAAAUGCCUCAAGGACUGGGUUUGCAAAUUUCCCAUCAUCCACUGACAAUGAAGCAAGUGGCCAGUCUGAUCAUCGCCGUGGAGAGAUUAAAGGUCGGCCAGCCAGAAACCGUGCUGAGCUCCGAGUUCAGGGAUGAGCACCUGCUUGACCUCAUGAUCGACAACUUUAUAGAAGAAUAUGUAUGUGAGGUGGAUUCGAGUCCAGUGGAUCAGUUCAUCAGGAGAUCGGAAAACACGUACACUGUGACUGACAGCCAAAAGAGGAACCUGUUGAUGGUUCAGAGCAGCAUGGAACUCCACGCCGUGAUGCUGCAGGGAGGCCAGAGUGACCUCAAAGUUCACCUGAACAUGUCGACCUACGUGCACCCCACACCCAGCACCGAUGCCAGACCUGUAGCUCUUUGCAUCAAGAACACAGCUCUGUACCUGUCCUGCCACAAAGAUGGUGAAACACCAACCUUACACCUGGAGACGGUGGCAGACAAAUCCACUUUGACUGAAAUCAGUCCAGACAGCGACAUGAUGCGUUUCCUCUUCUACAAACGGAAAAGUGGAUUGAACAUGAACACCCUGAUGUCUGCAAGUUACCCGGGCUGGUACAUCAGCACAGCAGAGCAGGACAACAAGCCGGUGGCUCUGUGCCAGUCGACCUCCAGCCGCCACCAAAUCUUCAACAUGCAGCGUCUGGUGGACCCCUCUGCAACCACAAGGGCCGGUGACCAAAGUGACGAGUAAAUGAAUCACUUGUUUUUAAAAACAAACAGGUGCAUAUUUUACAGAAUUUAUGGUAUGUACCAAGUACAUGAAUGUGCUGACAUAGACAGGUUUCACCACAAGAUGGCAGUACUGUGCUGUCUGGUGAGAUGUUUGUGUACAAUUUACUGUAUGGAAUGUCAAGACAUUGUUUUUACUUUUGGGCAAUUAUUUAUUUAUCUAUUUAUGAUAAAAACAAACAUUAUUUUAAAGCUAUUUAUUUCACUGAAGUUUGAUUAUUAACGAU